CAAGUGCAUCAAUUAUCUGGAAACAGAUGGCAGCAGGAAUGAGAAGUCUGUGGAGGAAGUGUGAUGCUCUGGACAAUGUUCUGCUGGGAAACCCUGAGUCCUGCAUUCAGCCGGGGCUCGACCGAGAAGGAUUUAACGAAGGAGUUACAUGCUUGUUUCUAUGGUAACGCUGCAUUUCCAGCGCCUUUGAAGGACCGAAGGUUAUCAGCGAACAUCUGGCAAACUCUAAAGCUCUCUCCACCAAUGAGCAGCCAGAGCAACGGCGGGGAGGCGGUCCCUGCCUCUCGGUCCAAUCAGAGGACGUUCCUGGAUGACGUCGUCCUCACCUUCAGCUCUCCGAUGGCGUGGCUGCUGGUCAUCGCUCUGAUCAUCACCUGGUCAGGAGUCGCCAUCGUCCUGUUCGACCUGCUCGACUAUAAAACUCUGGCAGACUACACUUCAUACUGUGACGACCCCGUUUGUUUAUCUCCCGGUCUUCCUCCUCCACCUGCCAUCGCCAAGAGAGGAAUGAAGCCCAGAGUAGGCGGGAUUCGUCCAAUAAGAUCGAGCCCCGCCGUCGUUCCCGCUGACAUCACGGCGGAGGAGAGCGCUGAUUGGCUGGAGAUGCUGUGGAGCUUUGCCGCCAGUCUGGUGGCUCCCGAUGAGGAGGAGGAAGGUAUUCAGCAGCUAACCGAAACGCUCACAUCUUUCCACUCAGAGGAACUUUGAAGGAGACGAGAACAUUGAAAGCAUUAGAAGAAGAAUGGGAACCGAAGGUCGAGGAUGUUGUAAAUUAAACCACUCUGAUGUUGUUUUCUGUCUGUUAUUAAAUGGAAUUUGGUGAAUUAAAAACUCCCCAAACUGAA